UUCACUAGUGUUUCCUUUCCUGUACCAUCUCUGCAGUUACAGUAUCAUCAAAUCUUUCCCGCUCUGUUUCUAUAAAGAUUAGACUUUCCUUUCCUGUCUCAACAGCAUCUCUGCUGUUACAGUAUCAUCCCCUUUUCAUCAAAAUCUUCAAUUUAGGGCUUAAUCUUGAUUGUGAUUAUGGGUAAGCGAAGGAUUGAGAUCCAUAAGAUUGAAGAUAGAAAAAAGAGAAAUGUUUCCUUCACUAAGAGACGACAAGGGCUAUUCAAGAAAGCCGCUGAUCUGUGCCGUCUUACCGGUGCUGAUAUUUCUCUGUUAGUAAUCUCACCUGGUGGUAAACCCCACACUUUUUCUUCUUCUUCUUCUUCUUCUAUUUCUUUGAAUGAUCUAAAUUAUAGGUUAAGCAAUACCAUUAAUGUUAAAGAAGAAAAAGUUGCUGAUGAUGAGACGGCUAGGGUUUCUGAUGAUGGGUUUUGGUGGAAUAACCUAAACCCAGAAGAAAUUGAUAGUAUUGAAAUGUUAACGGCUGUAAGAAAUCAAUUACUUGAUGUGAAAGAGAAGGUUGCACAGAGAAAGCAAGAGUUGCUAGCAGCAGCAGCAAAACCAAUUGAUAUUGCUACCUCUACUUCUACAACUACUACUUGUACUGUUGUAGAGAAGAUGAAGGAGGAUUCUUCUCUGAUGGAGGAUGAUUUAGGAAUGUUAUUAUCAGAUUGCUAUGAUGAUGCUCAGAAUUGGUUGCCUUCUAUUGAUGAUUCGGGAAUGUUAUUUGAGGGUUUAGAUUAUCAUGAGAGUUGGUUGCCUGUCUGUUGAUAAUUAGAGGUCAAUCUGAACUGAAUUUUUGAAGGAGUUAGAUGGGAUUUAAAGUUAUUGAACAGGCUCAUUGAUUAGUACUUAGUUGUUGUUUUUGUUUAAUUUUGUUUUUAGUUUAUUGUUAUUAGUAAGUGAGAACCAUGUACUUAUUCUUCUGUUGCAUGUGUAAUUUGUGGCAACAUAAGAACAGGAACUUCAAUCUUGUUGCAUUUAGAUUUAGUAUUUAGUUGUUCGUUUUGUUUAUACAAAGUUCUGUUGAUAAACUGCACUGUUUAUUCUAUGAUAUUGAUUCUGUUUGAUAAUGCAUCUGCUAUUUGUAGCAACA